CUGAAAUUAUUUACUGAAACUUAAUCAUUUUCCAGUGUAUUAAUUAUUUAUCUUCAUUGACGGUGACAAAAACAGCUAAACAAAAGCAUAUAUUGAACUUUUGUUGGAAUGCUAAAGCACUCGUUAUCAAUAUUUACACAAGGAACAAAAAUUACUCAUACAUCUAAAAUAGAAAUUGCCAGAAUUCGACGCAUGCGCAGUAAGUCCAUUCAUUCUAUAAACAGAAGGGGGUCGACAUGAAUAAGUUGAAGUCGUCACAAAAGGACAAAGUCCGGCAGUUUAUUUCGUUCACCAAGACGGGGGAGAAGACGGCUAUUUACUGCCUGUCACAACACGACUGGAAGCUGGAACACGCAUUCGACAGUUACUUCACAAAUCCCGAUUUUUACUUCAGAGAACCCAAGCCAGCAGUUGACAAGAAGGCGUUAGACAAAUUGUACAACAACUAUAAAGAUCCACAUGAUGAGGAUAAGAUUCUGGCCGAGGGCGUGGCCAAGUUCUGCGAUGACCUGAAGCUCGACCCCACCAGUCGCACGGUGCUGGUCAUUGCCUGGAAAUUCAAGGCCGCAACGCAGUGCGAAUUCACAAAGAGAGAGUUUAUUGAUGGCAUGACAUAUUUAGGGUGUGAUUCAAUUGAUAAACUUAAAUCCAAGCUUCCCUCGGUCGAGAGCGACUUGCGAGAUUCUGCCAAGUUUAAAGAUUUUUACCAGUUUACCUUCAAUUUUGCUAAAAACCCGGGACAAAAGAGUCUUGAUCUAGAAAUGGCAAUUGCUUACUGGAACAUAGUACUCGAAGGCAAGUUUCAAUUUCUAGACCUGUGGUGCAAGUUUCUCACGGAGCACCACAAAAAGUCGAUACCCAGGGACACGUGGAAUCUUCUGUUGGACUUUAGUAAUAUGAUCUCAGACGACAUGAGCAAUUAUGACGAAGAAGGGGCGUGGCCGGUCCUGAUAGAUGACUUCGUAGAGUACGCAAGAUCCACGUCACAAAACAGAAGUACGGCUGUCUGACGUCCCGCCCCCAUCACUGUAUCCAUAGCAACCACCCGCCAACCUCUCAUCACUAUGUAAAUAUAUGCAUUAUUAUCCAUACUCCAUUGUAGUGUAUCCCCAACAGGGGUUGUUGUGUAAAUCCAAAAAAUAAACCUGGAUAACAUUGCAAGAGGAUGGUAGCCAGGCUACAUUUGUGGAUUUAGAUACUUGGAAAUCCAGUACGAUAGCCUGGAAACCAUACUUUUUGAAAGUAAUCCGAAGUUGCCUGGAUUUAUUCACAACUCCUUCUGCCAUAAUUUUAUCUUUUGCUGAAAACACUUCAGUAGACUAAACAUGAAAUAAGAAAUCAAAUCUAAGACUUUGUUUCGUCUCCGACGAAUAUUUCAGUUCAUUCAGUGUUUUUUUUUUAGCUUCCCAAGAUUUAAAGGUUAUUUCUUCUGUUGUUUUUCUCUUUAAAAUACUGAAUUAUGAUACUGAUAUUUAUGAUUUUUAAUGUAAUUAUUUAAUAAAUGGGAGUUUUCUUUCCUGUUCGAAGAUUGCUGUACUUGGUUUGUUAAAGACAAAAGUAGACCCCAAAAGACUUGUGGCUUCUUCUGUUUUGUUGGAGUGGUACCCUGACUUGCCCGCAUGGUGAUAAAUUAAAUUACAGUAAUAGUCAGUUACAUUGGCAGUUACUUAGCCGUGUUUAAAUUGGUCAUUUCUGUCUACGGCUUUUGCUGUUAAGCACAUUGGGCCUAGGCAGAAAACAAAUGCUGAAGGCCAAAUAAAAAAAUGUCUAGCUCUUCAAAAUCCU